AUUGAAUCGAUUACAUCUAACGAGACGGAGGUUGGCCUACCACGCGAUGAGAAGCUAGACGGGACUAUACUCCGUUUACUUCCGCGAUCUCGGUUUGAGCAAACGUUGUGCCUGAUAUUCGUGCACUGCUUGAUGGAGGCUCCAGUGUAUCAGCUUAGCAACGCGCCAGCAAGUGAAACGUCGCCUGGAGAUGCGUCGCUCGAUUGGCCAGAGACCAGUAGUGGCGCUGCCGCAUCUCCCGCUCCGUUCCGAGUGAAUCGUGGACAAGAGAAAACCUCCGCAAAUGCGGAUAAAUCAUGCGGGCACUGGUGGCGCACCAUGCAGUGUUUGCUCCAUGAGUAUAUGGAAAUACCUAGACGAAAUGUUUUGAACGCCAGGCCGAGUGGCGGACGGAGCCACGGAUGUUAAACCAGGGUGGUCUGUCGUCUACCGUAGUACGGUACAUCAAUGUGAUUCUUGAGAACGCUCAAGCUCUGCCUCCGGUAUCUUGGUCUGGAUCCAAAGCGAUACGCUAUUGUCGGACCCAUUCCUCGACAACGCCACCAUCACCAGCAUCAUUGUCCCGAACGACCGAACGUUCGAGGCCACGUUUUACUACCCCGAGGUGCAAACCGAUCUGAUACGCAGUCAAAAGAUGAGUAUAUGCGUGGUGGAAUAACGUAUAGAG